GGCUUGCCGUAAAGUGUAGCGUCGAUGUUUAGGUGAGGAGUUGUUCGCCUUACUUGGUGGAGUUAAUUGUUAAUUUUAUUAGCGUUCAAGGGUAUUGUUGGCGAAGAUAACAGCAUCAAAAUGUCCAGUCCUGCUCUGCUGGUCCUGUAUGGGAGCCAGACCGGUACGGCCCAGGACACGGCCCAGAGGAUUGCACGCCAGGCGCUGAGAAGGCACCUGCAGGUUCAGGUGCUGCCUCUGGAUAACUACGUCGUGGCCAACUUGAUCUCCGAGUCUCUUGUGGUUUUUGUAUGCUCCACCACUGGCCAAGGAGACCCUCCAGACAAUAUGAAGAACUUCUGGAGGUUUAUCUUUAGGAAGUCUUUGCCUGUGGGCUCUCUGGGUCGCUUGGACUGUGCCAUAAUGGGCCUGGGGGACUCCUCCUAUCCUAAGUUCAAUUUUGUGGCUAAGAAGCUUCACAAGCGUCUUCUGCAGCUGGGUGCCAAUAUACUGCUGCCUGUCGGGCUGGCCGAUGACCAACAUGACCUGGGGUCAGACGCUGUGAUCGACCCGUGGCUCACAUCAUUUUGGGAGAAAGUGUUUGCCCUGGACCCAUCUUUGGCCGGUGUGAUUCCAAUGAGGGAAGAUGAACCGCUCCCGCCAACUUACACUUUCCACUUCCUGGAUGAUGUGAAAGAGAAGACAGAUGACAGGCUGAGGAUUCCCAUGGAGCACCCUGUCCCCUCCCAGUCCCAUCCCUUUCCUGCCAGACUGGUGUCCAAUAGGAGAGUCACAGACACGUUGCACUUUCAGGAUGUGAGGCACAUUGAGUUUGAUAUCACUGGAUCCAACAUUGAGUAUGCUGCUGGUGACGUGGUGAUGGUGCGUCCAUGUAACUUACAAGAAGACGUACAGCAAUUCUGUCAACUGCUGAGAUUAGAUCCAGAGGCCAGGUUCACUCUCAGGGCCACAGACAACACUGCAGUUCCAGCCAGGCUUCCCCAGCCCUGCACUGUGCGCUACCUGGUGGAGAGCUACCUAGACAUCGCUGCUGUGCCUCGCCGCUCCUUCUUUGAGCUGCUGUCUACCUUUGCCACCAAUGAGCUGGAGCGGGAAAAGCUGGUCGAGUUGAGCUCCACGGCAGGCCAGGACGAGCUGCACAGCUACUGCAACCGCCCCCGACGCACCGCGCUGGAGGUCUUGGCAGAUUUCCCACACACUACAGCAGAACUCAAAGCAGACUAUCUGCUAGAUCUGUUCCCUGAUAUCCAGCCCCGCUCGUUCUCCAUUGCCUCCUCUCUCCGGGCUCACCCACACAGGCUUCAGAUCCUAGUAGCUGUGGUUACUUACAAAACCAAGAUGUAUAAACCGCGAAGAGGCCUCUGCUCCACCUGGUUAGCCUCCCUGGACCCUGCACAAGGGGAGAUGUACGUGCCUCUGUGGGUGAAGAAGGGAGCCAUGAGGUUCCCUAAAGAGGACACCCCUGUGAUAAUGGUUGGACCCGGAACGGGAGUGGCCCCCUUCAGGUCGGCUUUACAAGAGAGGAUCGCUGAGGGGGAAAACGCCAACGUCCUGUUCUUUGGCUGUCGCUCUGAGCACAAAGACUUCUACUUCAGGACAGAGUGGGAGGAGAUGAUGAAGACCGGACACCUUAACCUCGUCACCGCCUUCUCACGAGACCAGGAGGAGAAAGUGUAUGUGCAGCACCGUGUGAGGGACAACGCUGAGCUCAUGUGGGACCUGAUUGCCAAUAGAAGUGCCUGCUUUUACAUCGCUGGUAAUGCUAAAGAAAUGCCAACCGGUGUGUGUGGCGCUCUGAAAGAGGUGUUCCAGCAGCACGGAGGCAUGUCGCCGGAGGACGCCGAGCAGGUGCUGGCCACCAUGGAGAAGACGGGCCGAUUCCAGUGUGAGACCUGGUCCUGAGGACGGGCCGAUUCCAGAGUGAGACCUGGUCCUGAGCACACUACUCAGAGUGGACAUGAAGCUGCUGCAGCCAUGGUGACGGCGUGAUACAAUCCCUGCUGUGGCUUCAAAGCAUUUGCAAGCACGGUUCAUUCUUGACCUUUUGCAACGGCAUGUGUGUUAAAAAAUAACCACAGCUAGGGGUUAACUAGCUUUUUGGAGCUGUCAAUCAUAUCUUGCAGUCCUUAUUCAGCUAAUGGAGCUGGCUCAGGUGUCAUCACAUAGUUAAAAAUAAUCAGUUUUCCAAUUAAAUUCUAAUUAAGACCUGAUAUUAAGAAAAUCCCCAAAUCGAUCUUGUAAUGUGCUCAUAUUCUGCUCAUUUUCAGGUUCAUUAUUGUAUUUGGAGGUUAUAUCAUAAUAGGUUUAUGUGUUUUAU